AUGGUAGCUGACCUGCCAGUGACCUUAGCCCAGAUAGAUGGAGGUUGGAGUGAGUGGUCUAACUGGUCUGCGUGCGGAGCGGACUGUUCCACGUGGCGCAGUAGAGAGUGUACCCAGCCCUCGCCUGGCACCGGGGGCAAAGACUGCCAGGGCAUCGACCUCCAGUCACUCAACUGUACCAGUCAACAAUGUCUACAGACUGCCAGUGGAGCUGAGGAUGUGGCCCUGUACGUGGGCAUUGUAGCCGUAGCUCUCUGUCUGACACUCAUACUCAUCGUGGUGGUCCUGGUCUACCACCGUAAGAAGGAGGGCCUGGACGCUGACGUAGCGGACUCCUCCAUCCUGACCACGGGCUUCCAGCCUAUGGGCAUCAAGCCUAGCAAGCCAGGUGUGUGGGCACCUCGGCACCGGGCCCCCCGCCCCCCUGGCCCCCGCAGCAAGAACUCCCAUUUGCUUACCAUCCAGCCUGACCUAACCACCACCACUACCAGCUACCAAGGAACCCUGCGCUCACGCCACGACGGCACCACACACACAGGCACCGCUAAGUUCUCUAUGACCAACGGUCCGCUCCUGGAACCCCUGCCAAACGGGUCGCCCCACACCCUACACAACGGGAAGUUAACCUCUGACCCUGCUGAGUUUAUGAACCGGCUGUCCAAUCAGACAUACUUCAAGACGUUGCCGCGGGACGUGGCUAACACCUCGUAUGGGACAUUCAACUUCCUGGGGGGUAGACUCACCAUUCCCAACACAGGCAUCAGCCUGCUGAUCCCUCCAGAGGCCAUCCCCAGGGGAAAGAUCUACGAGAUAUAUCUCACUGCUCAGAGGAAAGAAGAUUUGAGGUUACCCCUGGCGGGCUGCCAGACCCUGCUGAGCCCCAUAGUGAGCUGUGGUCCUCCGGGGGUGGUUCUGACGCGGCCCACCAUUCUCAGUAUGGACCAUUGUUCUGACGCCUGUCCUGAGAACUGGGCCAUCAGGCUCAAGAAACAGAACUACGAAGGCGUCUGGGAGGACGUCUUAGUGAUGGGAGAGGAGUUGAUCUCAGAGCCGUACUACUGCCAGCUGGAGGCAGAGACGUGCAGAGUGUUCUCAGAGCAGUUGGGUCGUUUCUCUCUGGUGGGAGAAUCUCUAAACAUGGCCGCCGCUAAGCGUCUCCGCCUGGUGCUCUUCUCUGACGCGUACUGCUCUACCCUGGAGUAUAACAUCAGAGUCUACUGCAUGGAUGAUACACAAGAUGUCUUUAAGGAGGUGAUGCAGAUGGAGAGACAGCUAGGAGGUCGUCUGAUUGAUGAGCCCCACGUCCUGCUGUUUAAAGACAGCUACCACAACCUGCGCCUCUCCAUCCACGACAUGCCCCAGGCACACUGGAGGAGCAAACUACUGGCUGGGUACCAGGAGAUCCCGUUCUACCACAUCUGGAACGGUUCCCAGCGGUACCUCCACUGUACCUUCACCCUAGAGCGCCUCAGCCUCAGUACCUGUGAGCUCACCUGUCAGCUGUGUGUCUGGCAGGUGGAGGGGGAGGGACAGAGCUUCAGCCUCGACUUCAACAUCGCCAAGGACUGUCGGCCCCUGGACUCUGAGUUCCUGCUGAUGGACACUAACCCUAACGGGAUGGCUCUAGCAGGACCCAGUGCUUUCCAGAUCCCCUAUCUGAUCAGGCAGAAGAUCUGCAGCAGCUUGGAUACACCUUGUCCCAACGGGGCCGAUUGGAGACUGCUGGCCCAGAGACUCAAACUGGACAGGCACAUGAGUUUCUUUGCGUCCAAGGCGAGUCCCACCAGUGUGAUUCUGGACCUGUGGGAGGCCCAACACUUCCACAGUGGAAACCUGAACCAGCUGGCCACCGUCAUGGCCGACAUCGGCAAGCAGGAAGCUAUGAUCUUCCUGGUCUCAGACGGAGACUGCUAGCCCUGGCUCUGUCCCACACUCAGCACUGCACCCUAUUCCCUAGAUAGUGCACCAAAGUAGGAGACUACCUAGGCAAUAGGGUGCCAUUUGAGAUCGGUCCCCUAACGAGGGAGAGGACUGGAACAGGGUAAAAUAUACAGACACAAGAGAGAAGAGAAGAGAAGAACACUCCCUCUCCCUCCCCUCCUCGAUGAGAAAAGAGGAGCUAAACAGAACCAGGAUUUGGGAACAGGGUUCAUGUAUGUUAUGUUAGAUCUAUCUAUCCUCCCAUGUCUCCAUUCAGAACCCGGAUGUCUGGAGAAUGCAGGACCUGGGAGUGAGCUGGUCCUGUGAGGUUGUUUCUGGGUGAUGUGCUUUUGUCAAAGUAAGGCAGGGAUUCAACCCGUGUAGUGCUGUCGACAAUGCAUAUUUUAAAGGCAAUGUGCCCACAUUUGCGGAGAUCACAUUCAAGGUAAAACGCUGCAGAUGUCGGCUCGAUUGGUUUUGCCUUUAAAAGGCGCGUAGUCGGAUUGAAUCCUGGUCCAGAGCUACUAUGCCACAGGACUGUAGAGGAUAUCUGGUACACGGUAUGGUAUACCACUAUGGCAGACAGGUGUACAAAGAGCUCUUUUAUGUUGUUUAAGUCAAGUUCAGUAGCCAUCAAGGUUUAACCUAUAACCUUAUAUCCAAGAGACUUAGGAUCAGAUGACCGACAAGCAUUUACAACACAUGGGCCAUACUUGGCCACAAAGUAGCAAUAUGCAAAAUAAUCACAACGUCAAGUUGGAUCAGUGCCGCUUAUGUUAGUCAGAGACAAACAUGAUCACGUUCAAUAUCUAAUCUAACCCCCCCAGAGAAAUUGAACUGUUUUGCCACUCUCUUAACAAUGUGUGGUCGAACAGCAGAGUAGAUUUAUUUCUGCAACUGGCUGGACCAUAUUGUGAAGGAAAACAAAAAAAAGUUAUCAUGAGGGUCUAUGAUAUCCAGUCACUGUCCAUCCAUUAACCCUGUGGUGUAAUAUGAGCUGUUUAUCCAUCUGUCAUCACCUAUGGUUUAAACAGGCGGUAGAAAAUGAGCUGGACUUUUAGGCAGGCGAUAGAUUUUAUGUCAAGAUUCUAAAGAACACAUCUGGUAGACAUUCUGUUUGACUGUUUGUUGCCGUCCUGGAUCAAGUCAAAGUGAAACUUCACCACAGUGAGUGAGUCUGUAAUGUAUUUAUCAAUUGAGACAUUCCACAGCUCUACUGCUCUCAAAUCAAUAUUUUCUAUUUUUGGUUGGUUAGACUUUUGAGAGUAAAAGUUAGUUAUCGGUCAGAUACAUUUCAGAAGUGGUUACAGUUGUUUUUACUAUAAGCUCAAGACAAUGUAGAUUUUCCUUUUUUUGUUUCAAAUGUAUCAUGGUGAGUUUUCGUAUUUAUCAAAUUCCUCAGUUUGCUAAGGUGUAAAAGGGCAGAGGGGCUGUCUCUCUCUCUCUCUCUCUCUCUCUCUCUCUCUCUCUCUCUCUCUCU